AUGGUCGAGCUAGAUUUUUCUUCUGCGGGUACCAUCCCCGAAAAUGGAGUUCCCGACAUGACCCGUCUGACUGUCCUCAACGAAGAAGUCAUCAACAAGAAUCUAAAGAUUCGCUACGAGAACAGCAAAAUUUACACAUACACCGGCACCAUUUUAGUUGCAGUUAAUCCUUACAAGGACAUUGACAUCUAUUCACAGCACUACGUGUACAAGUACCAUGGCAAGAAGAUGCGAGAGAUGGAGCCGCACGUCUUCGCCCUGGCCGAGGCCGCCUACACCAACCUGCAGACCGACAAUCCCGGCAAGAAUCACAACAACCAGAGCUUGGUGAUCAGCGGCGAAAGCGGCGCGGGCAAAACCGAAUCCACCAGGUUCAUACUGCAGUACCUUUGCUCCGUCACCAGCGGCGUGUCCACGUGGGUCGAGCAGCAGAUACUCGAGGCCAAUACCAUCUUGGAAGCUUUCGGGAAUGCGAAAACGGUGAGAAACGACAACUCCAGCAGAUUCGGGAAAUUCAUGCAGGUGUGCUUCGAUUCGAGAUGGAUGAUAGCCGGUUGCAUAGUGCAGGAUUACCUGCUCGAACAGUCCAGAUUGACGUUCCAAGGACGCGGGGAGAGAAACUACCACGUGUUCUACCAACUAGUAGAAGAAGCAACGAGUAACGCCGAACUGGCCAAGCAGCUGCACCUGAAAGAGGCGAAAUUCUACAACUACUUGAACCAAUCGGACUGCAUUAAAAUCGACGGCGAUUCGAGGAAGCUCGACAGCCUGAUGCUGGCGUUUAACGUGCUGCAAGUGCCCGGCAACAAGUGCAACGGGAUAUUCCAAACGUUAUCGGCGAUUUUGUGGUUGGGCAAUUUGACGUUCGAAGACAUCGACGGGGAACGGUGCCAAUUGACCGAAGGCGACGAGAGUAUCAUCGAAAUUUUAUCGGAUUUGCUCGGCCUCGAACUGGAGCACAUCAGACAGGUCGUGUUGAUCCGGCAAAUCAACGUGCGCGGCAACAUCACGGAGAUUCCGCUCAAAUUGCAAGAGGCUAGAGAAAAUCGGCAUGCGAUGGCGAAAGCCCUGUAUUCGCGGACGUUCGCUUGGCUUAUAAAUCACAUAAACACGUGCACGAAUCCAGGGCAGGAUUCGACGAGGUUCAUCGGCGUGCUGGACAUCUUCGGUUUCGAAAAUUUCAACGUGAACUCGUUCGAACAGCUGUGCAUCAAUUACACGAACGAGAAAUUGCACAAGUUUUUCAACCAUUACGUGUUCGCGUUGGAGCAGGAAAUUUACAUACAAGAGGAAAUCCAAUUUAAUCACAUCGAUUUUACCGAUAAUACUUUAUGCUUGGAAUUGCUGGAGAAACCGCCGAGGUGUGUUCUAAGACUGUUAUCCGAACAGUGCCAUUUACCGAAGGGUUGUGAUGCUUCCUAUAUUUCCAAUCUUCAUUCUGAAUUCGAAAAUAACGAACGAUACGUUAAAGGUGAAGAUAGGCGAAAAUGGGAGACGGAGUUUGGAAUCAAACAUUACGCUGGCUGUGUAACUUAUAAUGUUAAAGGAUUCGUAGACAAGAAUCGAGAUGUUCAACAAGAUGUAUUUUUUGAUAUUCUAUCUAGAAGUAGUAACGAAUUCGUUCAGGAAUUGUACACCUUCCAGGAUUUGUCCAACACGUUGGCCCAAAGGACGAACAUUAACGGAGUUUCGACCGUAUCGAGGGGCACCAGCAAAGGGAAACCCACCGUUUCCGAUACCUUCAGGCACCAGCUGCAAGCUCUCGUCGACGUGCUACAAUCGACUACUCCUUGGUACGUUCGAUGCAUAAAACCGAACAAACACAAACAAGCGGAUAGCUACGACGAUCAAUUGGUGUUGGAUCAACUCAAAUACUUAGGAAUGUUAGAUAUAAUAAGGAUUAGAAAAGAGGGCUUCCCGAUUCACAUGAGCUUCGAAGAUUUCGUGAUCCGCUACCACUGCCUGUCCAAGAACCGCCUCCCUCCGGACAUGCCGAAGGCCUGCCUGAAUCUCGUCGAAACCCACAACGUGCCGAAAACCGAAUGGCAAAUGGGCAAAACGAAGGUUUUCAUGCGACCGCACGUCCACGAACCCCUCGAAGAAGCCAGAAACAAGCUGGUCAGAUCUCGGGCGAUUCUCAUACAAAAAACGUUUAGGAUGUACGUGAGACGGAAAGAGUUUUUGAAGGUUUUGAACGCCACGUUGAGGAUCCAACACGCCUACAAAGGCUGGAAAUUGCGGAUCGAUUUCCUGAGGAAGCGAAGAGCCGCCGUCGUCAUCCAGAGCCAUUUGAGAGGGGCCUUUGCCAGAGAAGUGGCGGCGGCGUUGAGGGAAAUGCGGCGCGUGGAAGAGGAAAUGAGAAAACGAGAAAAGCUGGAGGAAGAAAGGAAGCAAAGGGAGGCCGAACGGGCCGAAAGGAAACGAAAGGAAGAAGAGGAAGCUAAGAGAUUAAUGGAGGAGAAUAAACUAAACGAUAUUCCACCGCCGCCGCCGCCUUCUUUCGCGCAAGAAGAAGAUUUAGAACGCAGUGAAAAAGCGGCCCAACAAGAAAUAGCGGCUCUAUCGCAAAUGGCCGAGCAACUGAAGCACAAUCGAACAGAAGGUCCCACCGAAUCCGUGGACUUGGACAAUUUGUUCGCUUUCCUAUCCGACGUUCAACCGAACAACCGAAACCACAUCAUCGAGGAAAUCGGCGAAAAGAUGAACGAGCUCGUGGAAGAUUUGGACGUCGAAUUGGAAACGGUGAUACAACAAGAGCUGGAAGGCUUGGCGCAGGAGCAGCAACAACAACCGACGCCUCCUAAGAUGGGCCUGCCUACUCUACCGGAACCCACGGGGCCCCCGCCGCCGCCGCCUCCCAUUGAUUUUACAGUUAACGCAAACCCGGAACCUCAACCUCCUCUAGUACAAAUCGAAACCAAAGCAACAAAGGACGAGCCCAUUUACGAAGCCGUGCUUCCCCGAGAAGAACCGGUUCCCGUGUGCGUGUCGCCGCCUCCACUACCAGCGCCUCCUAGUCGCCUAGCAUCGGAAUCUCCUAAAACAACUCCAGCAGUAUCCAGAUCAAACAGCGAAGCCCACCCGACCUGGCGGUACUCGCAAGAACAUCCGCAGCAAGUCGCGCAGCUGCACCAGGAGGUGCCGAACACCGAGCGCGAACAACGGCGCAAAUUCCGCGUCGAGAAGAAACUGCAAGAGCUCAACGAAAACAGCGAGAAGGAGAACGCGUUCGUCGAAGAGACCAAAUUCGAUAUGGUGGAUUUCGCGAAUACGUACUUCAACGCGCACGAAAGGAGCCCCGAAGGCACCAUCAUGGCGACGCUGACGAGGAAACGGCAGAGUUCGGAGAUGAUCCCCAAAAGCGAAAUGGUCACCUACUACAAGGGAAGCAUUCCCAGUUCGCACCUGCAUCUGUACGAUCCCGAUAAUAUAAAUAUCGCUUGUAGUAUUUUUAGAGAUUUGAAUAAGUAUAUUCGAGGGGAAAUUAGUGGCGAACGAGAACUCCAAGUCAUCCAGUCGAUAAUCGGUUAUGCUUUGGAAAGGGAAGAGCUCAGAGAUGAAGUGUUCGUGCAAUGUAUGCGUCAAGCUACUAACAAUCCGAGCGUAGAAGGAACUGAAAGAGUUUGGUUGUUGCUUUGCCUGUGCAUAGUUUCAUUCCAACCGUCCAAAUUACUCUACCGGUACUUCGUAACGUUCCUGAAGAAGGACCUCACUCAACCCGGAAGGAUCAGUCAAUACGUGCAAUGGUGCUUGGACAAUUGCAAUAACAACAAAGUUUCUGUUAGAGAACACCCGCCUUCUUCUGUAGAGAUUGCUGCGAUGAAACGGUUGGGUACGAUAGUAUGCAGGUUUUUCUUCCUCGACGGGCGCACCAAAGCCAUCGACGUCCAUCCCACGGAUACCGCCGGAGACGCCGCUAAGAAGUUAGCGGAACGGUUGGGAUUGCGGAAUCUAGACGGCUGGGCGAUCUACCAGAGCCGCCCGGAUGGCGAGGAGCACGUGCGCGCGCAUCAUUAUUUGUACGAUAUCAUCGCCCAAUGGGAAUUGAAUCAAAAUAAGUUAGUGCCUCCGAGCAGUCUCUCCACGUUGGGCAGAAGAAGCGGCCAGACGGUCAGCGGCGGUGAGAAUCGGUUCAUAUUCAAAAGAAGAUUGUUCAAAUCUAGUCGUGAGCUUAGUCAAGAUCCGGUAGAAGUUAAUUUGAUGUACGCUCAAGCGGUUCAUAGCGUCGUAAAGUGUGACGAUUUCCCGGUCACCGAAAAAGUCGCUCUGCAACUGGCCGGUCUACAAGCACAAGUAGCUUUAGGAAAUCCCAAAGAUAAUAAUAAGUUCGAAUAUUAUAACGAUAUCGAAACAUAUCUACCUUAUAGGAUAAGCAGAACAAGAGGAGACGACGUUUGGGUUUCGAUUAUCGCUCAAGCUCACAAGCAAUACGGCGCGAAUCGUACAGAACUGACAGCCAAAGCUCUGUACUUAUCCUGCGUGAUGCAGUACCCUCUCUACGGCACCACCAUGUUCCCCGUCACCUAUCGCGGUUACUGGUCCUACGGGAACGCCCUGACUCUAGGCGUCAACUGCGAGGGCAUCAUGCUGAUCAAAAACGACGAUAAAUUCGUGCUCAACGAGUUCCACUACCAAGACGUCGAGAGCAUUCUGUUGGAUCCCAGCGACAGUUUCAUUACAAUCACGCUGCAGCGACACGUCAACGACAACAAUCACAAAUGCUACGUGUUCGAGACGCUCCAGAAGAACGAAAUCGGCUCGUUGAUAGCCAGCUAUUGCCCGUCGCUGGCCUGCUGGCUCACCGAAAACGAGGCGCCUUUGAAGAGAGUCAAAGCCAUCACUAACGAGGAUCGGGUUCGCUUGUAUCACAACCUGGUCAACUGCAGACGGGCUCUGGUCGAUUUGGAUAUCCUCAGGAAACCCAUAGAUUCGUCGGGGAACUUCUUACGGAACACUUUAAGGCGAUUGAGCAAGCAUAAAUUGGAUAAAUUAAGGCAGGAACACGGCGGCGAUACCGGGGAGACUUACAAGGGUUUUCAUUACUCGUUUUGGGCGUUUAGCAGGCAACAAUUAACGCAGAGUAUCAGCAGGAUACCCGAGCCCGACGAGCAGAUCAUGCUGCAAGUGUUUCAAAUCAUUCUCACUUACGCCGGGUUAGGUCAAAACGGCGAAGUCAUCAGGCGAGUCGAAGACGAACACGUUACCCUUCUGCAGACUAUAUUGGAGCGCUGUAUGAGGAAGGAAUCGCUUUUGUGCGAACUUUACCUGCAACUAAUCAAGCAAACCACCGAUCAUCCCGAUCCUAAUUCUCGAGUGAAUUUGAGGCACUGGGCGCUGCUGUCUUUGGCUUGUUCGGUGGUGUUGCCUCCGAACAAAACCAUACGCAGGUACUUGAUAGCUCAUUUGAAACGGUGCAGUUCGGAUUUCGUUACCGAAGAAGGAAAAUACGCAAGAUUCGCAGAGAAGUGUUUAUUGAAGACGCAGGGGACGAGGAGGAGACAAUGGCCCCCGUCGAGAGAGGAAAUACUGUGCACGAUAAACAGAAGACCGGUAUAUGCUCGAUUUCAUUUUAUGGACGGGCAAUACCACUCUGUGGAAUUCAAUCCAUCGGCAACGGCUAAAGAUGUUCUCGAGGUUGUUCGAGAUAAGAUAGGGCUCAGCGAGAACGCUAAAGGUUACGCCAUAUACGAGGUGCUAGGAAAUUCCGAACGUAGCUUAGCAGCCGAAGAGAAAGUGGCCGAUGUAAUGGCUAAAUGGGAAAGAUACAGAGCCGCCACGACGGCUAACGCCAUGAACAACGGCGGUACCACCAAAAGGGCCAGACCUCAAAACCACUUUUUCCUCUUCAAAAAACACCUGUUCAUGGACAAUUUCAUCAAUCUGAACGAUAACGUGGAAAAGGAGCUGCUGUACCAUCAAGUAUUGCACGAUUUGAGGACCGAUCGGUUCCCUGUUACCGAUAAAGAAGCUAUGAUGCUAACAGCCCUUCAAGCUCAAUUGGAACUGGGCGAUUUAGAGGAGGUAAUUCACGAUUACAGGCCGAUAGCAGCGCAUUGUUUACCGGCUCGCAUGGUACCGAUAUUACCGAACGAAGGCGUACAAAUGCACCACCAAUCCUUGAGGGGAAUGACUCCAUCCGAAGCCAAACAAGCGUUUCUAAACUUGAUCCAAAGCUGGCCCCUACACAAAGCCACCAUCUUCGAUGUGAUGCAAUCGUUCACGUCCAACUGGCCUCGCGUCCUCUGGCUGGCGGUGGACCAAAAAGGCCUCCAUCUGCUGGAGCACCGUUCGAGGAACACGCUGUGCACGUACGACUACAACAGCAUCAUCAGCUACUCGCCCGCCCUGAACUGCCUGAUGAUAAUCACGUGCAACGAUCGCAAGCAGAGCAAGGUGAUCCUGACCACGGCGCAGGCCUUCCAGAUCGCCACGUUGAUCAGGGAGUACACGGAGGAGUUGCACGGCCAGUCGGUGGAGCUGCGGAAGGCCGAGCAACAGCCGAAGAGCCGGCCGAUCAGCGGCUUGCACCAGAACAUGGCGCUGGUGCCGCCGCAGCCCAGCUAG